AUGCGCGAGGGUUCGUUGUCGGACAAAACACCUCCACUCGACAUGAAACGAGGAGAGGUGGUCAACUACAAAAAAUGUCGAUUUCAAGCCUUCGUGUGUCGGGGUGUAAGGGAUGAGAGCGACGUUAAGACUGCACUAGCUGAGAUACGUUCAGAGAAAGCCGUUGCUAAAGCGAGUCAUCCACAUAUAUACGCAUACAUAUGUCCGCAAGGUAGUAUGUCGGAUUGCAACGGAGAGCGUGGCGCGGGAAGGGUAUGGGUGGACUCUUGA